AUGGCAGCACAAACACCCGCCGUUGUCAUGGACAAUGGCACCGGCUACUCUAAGCUUGGGUUCGCCGGCAAUGAUUCUCCCUCUUUCGUCUUUCCCACCGCCAUAGCUACAAAGUCCGGUGCAGGAGCGGCCCCUGGAACAGGCUCCGGUCGACCACCCGUCGCAAACAAGCCCUCCUUCCUAACAGGCGGCGCGGGGCCGACUUCUUCGCUUGCCUCAAAGCGUGGAACUGAAGAUCUGGACUACUUCAUUGGAGAUGAAGCCCUCGCCGCGAGCUCCGGGCCAGGAUAUGGCAUCCAUUAUCCCAUUAGACAUGGGCAGAUUGAAAAUUGGGAUCAUAUGGAGAGGUUCUGGUCCAACUCCAUCUUCAAGUACUUGAGGGUCGAGCCAGAGGAUCACUACUUCCUAUUAACGGAACCUCCAUUGAACCCGCCAGAGAACCGAGAAAACACUGCAGAGAUCUUCUUCGAGUCGUUUAACUGCGCAGGACUAUAUAUUGCAGUUCAAGCCGUCCUUGCCCUAGCAGCUUCUUGGACAUCAUCAAAGGUUACAGACAGGUCACUUACGGGUACUGUCAUUGAUUCCGGUGAUGGUGUCACACACGUUAUUCCAGUUGCGGAAGGAUACGUCAUUGGCUCUUCGAUAAAGAGUAUUCCCAUCGCCGGUCGAGAUAUCACCUACUUCGUACAGAACCUCUUGCGAGACAGGCAUGAAGCUGACAGCUCGUUGAAGACUGCGGAGAAGAUCAAGGAGGAAUACUGCUACGUUUGCCCGGAUAUUGUCAAAGAAUUUGCUCGGUAUGAUAGGGAGCCAGACCGGUUCCUCAAACAUACCGUCACAUCUCCCAAUGGAAGAACUGUUUCCAUAGAUGUUGGUUACGAACGAUUUUUGGCUCCGGAGAUUUUCUUCAACCCCGAGAUUUACUCCUCUGAUUUCCUAACACCACUACCCACCGUUGUCGAUGGUGUUAUCCAAUCCUCUCCAAUUGAUGUUCGACGUGGGCUCUACAAGAACAUCGUGCUGUCUGGUGGCUCUACUCUAUACAAGGAUUUUGGUCGCCGACUGCAACGUGAUAUUAGGCAUUUGGUAGAUGCUAGAAUCCGUGCUUCAGAAGCACGUAGCGGAGGAGCAAGGAGCGGUGGUUUGGAGGUUCAAGUUAUUACUCAUAAGAGACAACGUCACGGCCCAUGGUUUGGUGGAAGUUUGCUUGGACAAACUCCCGAAUUCCGCAGCUACUGCCACACUAAGGCGAGUAUUUUCUGGUCCCUUUUUCCAAGCUCCAGUUUCUAA